AUGAUUUCGGUGGACUUAGAGGAGCUUAUUGCUUUUGGUAUUAAACAGGAAGUCAAGGGCGGUGUCCCAUACAGAAGAAGAACGGGAUCUCCAAAGCAAUAUGUCACUUAUUCAUGUUCGUAUCCCCUAUGCAAGGCAAAAUUUAGGGUUGAAGAACAAAAUGGAGUGUUUACUAUAAGCAAAGUUAAUGAAGAACAUUGCCAUCAUAUAGGAGUUGAAAUGGGUUCACAUUACGCGAGUAAAUUUUAUCAAAAAUGGAUCGAACUUUAUAUUAAAAACGGUGGAAAGCAAUUUCUUGCUCAAAAAGCAUUUUUUGAUAAGUUCGGAAUUGAUACGAAUAACAAAGAAACGAUGAAACUUUUCGCGCAGUCUACUGAUGCUUUAAAGCACAAAUUUUAUCGCCUUGAUGAGAUUAUUGCACAAAGAUUAUCAAACGAUCCUUACACUUCUUUGGAAGCAUUUUUGAAUAAUUUACAGGAAGAGUGCCCAGAUGAUCUCGUUCAAUUUGAUUACAAUGGAGAUUUUUCCGAGUUUACAAUCAUAUAUGCACCUUUUGCUGCAAAAGAAUUGGUGCAUAGCAUUGAUAACCCUCUCCACGUCGAUUCCACUCAUUCUUUAAUUAAAGGAAAGAUCCAAUUGUUUGCAGUAACAAUGAAAACAAGUCAAAACACAAUUUUCCCCUUUUGCUAUUUUUUAGUGAACCCUCAGACAUCUGAAAAAAUUCAAGAAUGUUUGGUGAAAUUCUGUGAGUUUGCGCACCUGGAUCCACAGCAUUGGAGCGCUGACUGUGCGCUAAACAUUGCUCGCGCAAUUGAGGACGGAUUUCCUCUUGCGCAGCUCAGUUGGUGCGCUGUGCAUGUUUUACGCGCAUGUGCAAAAGUUGGAAGCUAUUUUGACAAUCCACAGAAUUUUGAGAACUUCUAUUUAGCAAUGGACUUUUUGACAUUACGUGCAGAUGCAACGAAUGCAGAAAAGCUGGCUGAAGAGUCUGAUGAAACAUAUGAGUUCUUGACAACAAUGUUAGAAGAAGAAGAACCGCGCGCUUUGAAGUAUUUCGAUAAACAAUGGAGAAGAACCAAAGAACAUUGGAUGAUGUUAUAUCGUGGAGAAGGUGAUUCCACGAAUAACAUUGCGGAAUCACACUUUCAUCAAUUAAAGCAAACAUUUUUCUUGGGUAAGAAAAAUGAGCGCAUUGAUGACAUCGUCAUAACUCUCAUCACUGUUGUGAUUCCAAAUGCGAUUAUUAAGGUUCAAGUCGCUAAUGUUUUGAAUGAAGAAAGAGCAGUAAGAAUUCUUACAAGGGCAGGUAAUCAGAUUGUUGAGCAAAGAGCUUCAAAACACGAUGAAUGUUUGAAAUUAAUUCAACACAUUUUGGAAAUUGUCGAAAGCCGAAGGAUUGAACCUAAUGUCCUUAUUCCAUCUUUGAAGGCAAUAUUAAAUUUGGCACAAAGAAGUUUAAAGGAAGAGUAA